CAACAUCUAAAGCAGAGGCCGGCAGGUUCCCACCACAGACCGACAGUCUAUAAAUAUAGCGCCCAAUGUGAGCAACAUCGUGCGCGGCGAUCUCUGGGGACGAAUUAUUGCCUUCAAAUUAAAGAGCGAAAGGUGCAAAGGUUGUUAACAGGAUGCCGCCAAAGCGACCGCCGCCGCUGGUGCCGAAGAAGCCAAAUCCCAGCAUGAAUUACGAAGUGUUAAUCUACUUAAACUCCUUUUACUUUGGCAUGUUCGCCUGCUGCGAGAUGGCGAUGGGUCUGCUGAAGGCCAUCAAUCUAAGCUAUACGGGGAAUACCCUGACCAUGGAUUCGGCGGUGAUGGUUUCAUUUAUUGUAUUGGAGUCAAUACGCCUGAUAAUGGGUCGCAAGAGUUCGUUGGCCGAUCGAGGUUGGUCAGCCAUAUUGUCGGUUUUUAUGACAGCUCCCUGCUUCCUCGGUGUCUCCUAUCUGCUGCUGCUACAAACCUACCGACUGCGCCUGGAGUACUGCCUCUGUACGCUGCAGAUAGCCCUCUAUUUCACCGAAGUGUGGUAUGCCAUUGUCUUCGUUUUCUCACUGUGUCGUCCAGUAACUUAUGAUUAGUAAGAAACAGAAACAAACAAACAAACAAACAGCAAAGCAAACCGAACAAAAACAUUUAUACAUUUAGUACUUACAAAACAAGCGAAAAGUUUAGCAAUAUACAACCAAAAAGAAUGAUAAUGAUUGAUAGAUUGAUGACGAUAAAGAUAAAGAUGAAGAGAAAUUGCAGUAGGCAGUCGAGACUUGCUCAUAUGCCCAAAACAAAAAAAAUACACAGAAACUUAGAUGAAAUGAAAAGUGGAAAAACAACCAAAGUAAACAAAAUAAAACUUGUGUAGUUUAUAUGAUAUAUAAUUAUACCUACUUAUGAUAAGAUUUAUGAUAGAGCGAGCAUACACACACACGGUUUUAUAUACAAGAAUUGUUAACAUUUAAGCAUCAAUUGGAACCAAAACGAGAGACAAACAAGAAAGCUUCAAAACAACUUUGAUGUAAAACUUGAAAAAUAAUUUUCACAAUUUUUAAGAUGACAAUUUUUUUGUAAGAAAAAAAAAACCAUAAAUUGUAUGUGUGGUAUAAAUAAUCUAAAAAAUAGUUGAAAUAAUAACUCGAAUCUUUACACCAAAUUCUAGUCACAAAAAUCAUGUAAAUUACGCUUGAAAUCCAUUCAAAAAAAAAAGAGGCGGCAAAAAGAAAUAGUUGAUUAAACAAUGAGAGGAAACCCCAAAGAAAACUUAGCAAAAAAACACCCCACAAGAAAAGUCUAGACGAUGUGUGUACUUUAAUGAAGAAAUACUUUAUAUAAAAACUAG